AUGUUCAAUUAUCUCUUCCAACGACAGAGUCUUCUCAGCCUCAGCGUCCCCUGGUCCUGCUCCUAUACUGAUAGAAGAAACUGCUUCUUUCCUCUUGUGGGGCAUGUGCGUUUUUGUAGUUUAUCCCGAGGAAAAUGUAGGAGGUUUACUACCCAAUUGUUCAAGAUUCGAGGAAACAUGAAUAAGGGAACCUUUGGCCUUAGUGUUAAGAGGGCAAUCAAUGCUAGAUUCAAGUUCGGGGUGAACGUCUCCCUUGCUGUUAAGAGGGGAGUCAAGUUCUUCCAUUACUUGAUAGAAGAAGGAAACCCAUCACAGAUAACAAUCUUGUCCUUACAAAGAGAGAAUAACAUCCGGGGUAAGUUGGGCAAUAUGUUGAUUGUAGUGAUCAAGGACCACCUUCAAGAAAUUGAAGGCGAGUAUCUGGAGACCGUCCCGAGAGAACUGAUGAUGUACCCCCCACGUACCGUAAGGGAGGAAUCGGAAACGACACAAAACGAACGAUGGAUUCCGACUGCAGAGAGGCCGGUGAAGAAUACAACUGCCAACCAAUUGGUAGCAGUGGAAGAAAGUGACGAUAAUGGUGUUAUCAGAAACAAGUGUUUGGAAAAGGAGAGAGAUGCUCUCCUUCAAUUCAAAGCAAACCUUCAUGACCCUGAUGGUCGUCUCUCUACAUGGGGAACCGAAGAAGAUGACUGCUGUAACUGGAUUGGAGUCAGGUGCCACAGCCAAACAGGUCAUCAUGUCACGGAGCUUGAUAUCAGCCACUAUAAUAUUGGAGAGUUUGGAAACCUCACCAAGUUGCACAUGCUUUAUCUUCGAGAUCUUGGAAGUUGUAGACUUGAAAAUGUAGGGUGGCUAGUUCAUCUCUCUCAUCUACAACAACUUGAAAUGGAUGGGAUAUCCCUAGCCAAAGAAAAUCAUUGGGUAGAUGUUAUUCUGAGUCUCCAAAAACUAACACAUUUAAGUUUAUUGGGAUGUGAGCUCUCACACGUCAUGUAUCCAUAUUCUUCAUUUCUCAACUCUUCUUCAUCUAUAUCUUUCCUUUAUCUUGGAAACAACAAUCUUACAUCAUCAGUGUUUCAUUGGUUGUCCCCAUUGACCAGCGAUAAGCUUCGUCAUCUUGAUCUCUCUAGCAACAUGUUAGAUGGGAUACCCAAAUAUCUUGGUAACCUCUGUAGUUUGGAACAUUUUGAAUUUCAUAACAAUUCUGCUGUUGUCAGUUUUCCUGAUUUUCUCAACAACUUGUCUGGAUGCACAUUGUGUACAUUAGCAGAGUUGGAAGCUUCUCAUAGCCAUUUUACAGGGCCACUGUCAGAUACGAUUGAAAAAUUUUCUUCCCUAGAAAGAUUGUCCCUAUCCAAUAAUCAACUAAAUGGCACUAUAAAUGAGAAAUUGUUUGAACUUCCCAACCUUCUUGAUAUAGAUCUUUCACAAAACUCAUUCGAAGGAGGUCCUUUUCUAUAUCACAUGUCAAACCUUUCUUAUGUAGAGUAUCUUAAUGUGAGCUCUGCCAAACUAGGGCCUUGCUUCCCCAAAUGGAUUCAAACACUCAAAAAUCUUACCCGUCUGGAUAUUGCCAACACUAGAAUUUCAGACACAAUUCCUCUGGGGUUUUGGGACAUGUGGCCCUCUCAAUUACAAUAUUUGAAUCUCUCUUCGAACAAUAUCAGCGGGAAAAUACCAGAUUUAUCGUCAAAUUUUGACUACAAUUCAGUGAUAGAUUUGAGAUCUAACAACUUUUCCGGUCUGAUACCGAAUGUUUCUUCCACUGUGCAAUCGCUAAAUCUUUCCAAAAACAAAUUCUAUGGAGGAAUCUUUUUUUUAUGCCAAAUUGAAGAUGGCUAUUUAAGAUUUCUUGACCUCUCCGAUAACUUUCUAACCGGACAGCUUCCAGACUGCUUGUGGCAUUUCAAAAAACUAAAAGUUCUUAAUCUAGGAAACAACAAUCUAUCUGGAAGGCUUCCUCCAGCUGUUGGAUGUUUGAUCAAACUGGAGGCAUUGUAUUUAUACAAUAACAACUUUUCUGGAGAAUUGCCUCUGUCUUUAAGGAAUUGCACGAGUUUAACCUCGUUGAAUUUGGGGGCCAAUAAGUUUUCUGGUAAUGUGCCUGUUUGGAUUGGGGAAAACUUAACAAGGUUGUAUGUGCUUAUCCUAAGCUCAAACAACUUCUUUGGAACCAUCCCAUUACAAUUAUGUCAACUACCGAAUCUUCAUAUUCUAGACUUGUCAAGGAACCAUCUCCAUGGAACCAUCCCCUCGUGUUUGAAUAAUCUUACGAGCAUGGUUCAAGGAGGAUUCUCAGCUACACAAAUCGGACAUUUUUUCUAUUCAAUUUCACAUUUUUGGCAUGGUUCAACAAGAACAAUCCCUCUUGAACUGACCAGUCUUGUUGAACUGGUUGCACUGAACUUAUCAAAGAAUACUCUACUUGGAGAGAUUCCAUGGAAAAUUGGUCAGAUGGGAAACCUUUCAGUUUUGGAUUUAUCUAGAAACAAUUUGUCAGGAGGGAUGCCAUCAAGCAUGUCUCAAAUGAAUUUUUUGGGUUACCUGGAUGUGUCAUAUAAUAACUUGUCAGGGAGAAUCCCAUCUAGUACACAACUCCAGUCCUUUGAAACAUCAAGAUACGAUGGAAAUCCAGGACUAUGUGGACCUCCCAUUAACAAGAAAUGUCAUGGAGAUGAAGAACUUGAAGAACCACCUGUUGUUGUUGGUAGAAAUGAGGGAGAUGAGGAAGGUGUUGAUGAAGUUUGGGGAUAG